AAAAUUUCAAUUUAAUUAGUAGACGACAAGUAAAUGAACAUUAUUCAGAUAAAAAUGUUGAAAAUUUACCAUUUAAAUCACAAUAUGGAUUUAUAAUAGUUAUGAUUUCAUCUUUUUUAGCUGUAUAUUUGAACUUUGUGGGUACAAGUUAUGUCUUAUAUAGAAGUUAUUACAAAUGGAAGAGUAGUCGUCGUAUCACUUUACCAAUGACUUUAAGGGUUCCAAUGUAUAUAGCUAUGACAGAUUCUUUCGUUAUGAUAUCACAUUUAAUAAAUAUAUCUCGUAUGGCAGCAACUCAAAAACCAUGGGAAGGUUCAACUUGUAAUAUAAUUGGUGGUUUAACUUUUUUUUUUCAAUGUAUGAACAUUUUCUUGGUGGGAGGUGUAGCUAUAACAACUUUUCUUCGUGUAAAAAGUCGAUCAUUUAGUUUGGGAAAAUAUGAUUAUAAAUUAUUCCUUGGAAUGUUAAUUUUAUCUUUAAUAUCUACAAUAGCACUUAACAAAGAUUUUGGUCAAAAUAUGUAUUGGUGUGCAGGAAAAUUUGAUGAUAAAAAUUUAUCAAUAUUUUCUUUAUGCAUAAUAAUUAUAGUAAUGACAGUUAGUUUAUUCUGUUAUAUAAGUAUAAUAUAUGAAAUGAGAUCUAUAAAGAUUGAAGAAGGUUUUGGUAGUGAAGAAAUUUCAAAUCAACGUAAAGAAAAAAAUAAACGUAUUUAUAGUAAAAUAUCAAGUUAUAUAUUGAUUUUUAUUAUACAAUAUGUUCCUGUCACUAUUUAUAAUAUUAGUCAUAUAAGACAUAUUGAUCAUUAUUGGAUCUACGUUGUUUGUGAUAUUGGAAUAAAUUUUGGUGGUAUAGGAAAUUUCGUACAGUAUACAAUUAAUGAAGGAUGGAGCGACAAAUUAGAUGAAUCAAGUGAUACGUAUAACCUAAACGUAAUAAAUCCGAGAAUUCCUUUCAACUUAAAUAAUAACAAUAACAAUUCCAGAGAUUCAAAUCAAGAUUCUUGUGAAGUAAUUGAUUCAUUUGGUAUAAUACAUUCUGCUUCCGCUAAUCAAAAAAAGAAUAAAAAAGUUUCAAGGCCUUCUUACCUGAAAAAAAUACCCAAUGAAUUAAAUAACAAUUAAUAAUGAUUUGGGAAAAAUUGGGAGAGAAGGUUAAAAACCGAGUCAUUAUAAGUGGUAGGUGCACCGCGAAUUUACCCAACUUAUAUUGACACGUAUUAUGUACAAAGAUUAUUUUAAAAAUUUUUUUUUUUUUUU